CAGAUCCACUUUGUCCAUCAAGUCCACUACGGGACCAUUUCAGUCAUAAACCGGUUAUAUCAACAUUCAAGAAUUUGACUUGCCACUUCACUCAUGUCAAGAUACUUGACUUGAAAUAAAAAAUGGAUCACAAGUAAAAAGUUGCAUAUUAAGAAAUCGUUGGAUAGGAAUUUCUUUAGUUUUUUCAAAAAUCUUAGUCGUAUUAAAUACAAUCUAACAAUUCUUUUUUUGAAUAAUCUAUACUUUUAUUUUCUUCAUGUAUUGUUAUAGAGUUGCCAUUACGUGAUACACACGCUAAGUACCUGGAGGAAAAAAAGAGUCGAGAUGUGGGGCGACAAAAUGUUUUAUUUGGAAAAAGAAAGUUACCACGCCACAUUAAACCAUAAUAAAUAUCAGCUUAACAACCUUAAGACAAUACUCAAGUCACGUUGAUCAGUUACUGAAGCAGAGACAUGUUCAUAAUAAUUAACCAAAGAUUUUAUUUAAGAAUCAAAAGGAAUAAGUUUGCAGGGACAUAGGAAAUAACCAAAAACCAGCAUCCUAUAUAAUUUUUUACUAUGUUUUAAUUAAAAAAGGCCUUACUCAAGUCCUGCAACUAAACUAAAUACAUGGUCUAAGGCAGUGGUUCUCAACUGGUCUGGCUCCGGGACCCACCAUCACCCCUUAAUGACAAGCUGCGACCCAAAUCGAGGAACAUUCUCAACUUUUCAAAUGUAUUUAAUGGAAAUAUGGUUCAGUUUGAACCAUAGAUCGUAUGGAGACAGAAUAUGUAUGCCAACACAAAAACAAGUUUAAUGAAAAAACAAAACAGCCAGCUGUUAAUUCAAAUUUUUAUUUUCCCAGCCAAAAGCCAGCGACCCAUUAAAAACAGGUCCCACCAGUUGAGAAUCACUGGUCUAAGGGAAGCAGACUUGGGAGAGCCCAGGUGUGACAAUCUGCUCAGGUGCAACACAGCAAUCCACAUUCCAAAUGGUGCUUUCCAGGCGCUUACUCUAACAUUUAUGCACGCAUGCAAUAGGGGAACCUCACCAUAGGUGCUGAGCCUCCCAACAUUAACGCUCUAUGAGUCCUUAAGAAAACAAAACUAAAAGACGUUUAAGACAAUAAAACAAACAAACAGUUGGUUUGACACUGUACAAUGUACAUGAACACAAUCAUAGAGAAACAGGUAAGACAGACAGAAAAACUUAACCAGGCAAAACAGCAGCAGUUAUCUUCUAAACUAGGGAAACAGGUCCAAAAGGGCAUGAGGUCACAGCAGCAGGUACUGCUAUCACCAAAUAGGCACCAUUCUGAGAGCUAUGUUAACAAACCCCUUCAUACAAACAUUAUAUUAAAUGACAAGUCAAGGUCAAGGGAAGAUAUUACUAAUGACACAUGGACUUGUUUAAUACCAUCACAUCUUGCAGAGCCUUUAUGACCAGAAAAUCCAUGGUGUAAUAUUUGAGGAUGAAAAAAAGCGGAUAGCAUUACCUUUAUAUCAGCAUAUACGUGUGCGGAAAACUAGAAGACAAAACGUUUAUGAAUAAAUGUAAACAUAUCUAUGACAAAACCAGAACGAUCGCUUUCCACAUUUAGGAACCAGAAAUUGAAACUUUUACUACACUUAUUUCCAGUUUACUUACUUCUCAAAACGCUCGCACCCUUUCCUAGUUUAAAAAAAAAUACAUUUUAACAAGCGCCAACGCUCACACUGGAACAUUUUUGUCGCUGCCCUGCCCCAAAAAAUCUUCAUUGAUGAGGUCAUCGUUCUCACGACAGUUUAUUGGAGCAGAAGCAGUUAGUGUGUCAUGCGCGUCACUUCUGUGCACGCGCGCUGAAACAUUUUUUUUUGAAGACCCUCGUUCCGUUUUUCUGUUGACGAAGAAGUCGGUUCAUGCGCAUUUCAUCGCGUUUCAAUAAGGAAUCUACACGAUGGCGCAUCGUAUCGGACGUUUAUUCGGGGGACGGUACGUUUCCGCAUUCCUCUUCCUCUCCGCAACGAUAUACACGGCGUCAUCCGUGACCCAUUACUCUGUUCCCGAAGAAAUGGAGGAAGGCUCUGUCGUUGCUAAUUUAGCAACCGAUUUAAGAUUGGACGUAAAGACGCUGAAGGGAAGAAAAAUGCGCGUCGACGUUGUGGGCAACAAAAAAUAUCUUGACAUCAACAAAGACACGGGCGAGCUGUUUAUCUUUGAGAGGAUAGACAGGGAAGUUCUGUGCCCCUUAAAAACAACUACAUACUGCUUCCUCAAAUUAGAUGCCGCGAUUGAAAAUCCAAUACGAAUGUUUAAUAUCGAGGUCGAAAUUUUGGAUAUUAACGACAACGCUCCUCAUUUUCGGAGAGGAACGAUGCACUUGGAUAUUUCUGAAUCGAGUCCCGUUGGGGAAAGAUUCUCAUUGAAUAACGCUGCGGACCCAGAUGUUGGAACAAAUUCUGUGAAAGAUUACCAUCUGAGCUCAAGUGAACAUUUUGCACUCGAGAUCCAGACCGGAAGAGAUGGCUCAAAGUUUGCUGAUUUAAUACUGAAAAAGUCGUUAGAUCGAGAGAAGCAGGCUAUUCAUAAUCUAAUUCUCACUGCUGUGGACGGUGGAGUGCCCACGCGCACAGGCACAGCCAGCAUAAUUGUUCGCGUGCUUGAUGUGAACGACAACGCCCCUUCAUUUGACAAAGAUAAAUAUAUUCUAGAUGUGAUGGAAAACUCCCCCAUCGGCACUCUAGUAGUGAAGCUUAACGCCUCCGAUUUAGAUGAAGGUUCAAAUUCUGCCAUUGUUUAUUCAUACAGUUUAUAUACGUCAGAGAGAACUCAGCAGGUGUUUAACUUGAAUCCAGAGAAUGGUGAAAUUAGAGUGAAGGAGAUGAUAAAUUAUGAAGAUUUUAAGCAUUAUGAAAUGGAGGUUAUUGCCAGCGAUAAGGGUCCUAACUCCUUGUCUGGACAGUGUAAACUGUCAAUUCAGGUGACAGAUAUGAAUGACAAUCAUCCAGAAAUAUCUAUUAAAUCAUUUCAGAGUCCAGUAAAAGAAAACAUAGAUUUAGACACAGUGAUCGCUGUAGUCAGUGUCAGUGAUAAAGACUCAGGUGAUAAUGGAGUGGUUGAUCUUCAUAUUCCAGAUAAUAUGCCUUUCACACUGAGGGAGUCCUCUGAUAACUAUUAUGAAUUAGUUGUGUCAGAGCCUUUAGACCGUGAGAAGGCUCCAGAAUAUGACAUCUCUUUCACUGUGACAGACAGAGGUUCUCCUCCUUUAUCUGACAAUGAAACCAUGACGUUAGAACUGCUGGAUGUUAAUGACAAUGUUCCACAGUUCCCUCAGUCGUUUUAUACUAUACGCGUAAUGGAGAAUAACGCACCUGGAGCCUUGCUCAGUUCCCUCACUGCGUUUGAUCCUGACCUCCACGAGAACCAGUAUCUAGUUUAUUUCAUCCUAGAGAAGGAGAUCGCCAACACCUCCAUGUCCAUGCUGUUCUCCAUCAAUCCAGAGAACGGAAAUCUUUACGCACUGAAAACCUUUGACUAUGAGAUCGAGAAUGAGUUUCUUUUCCACAUCGAGGCCAGAGACUCCGGCUCUCCUCCGCUCAGCAGCAACGUGACGGUCCACAUCAUUAUAGUGGACCAGAACGACAACGCUCCGGUUAUUGUCUCUCCAUGGCGCGCGCAGGGCUCAGUGGUGGAGGAAACGAUCCCCAGAUCCACCGACAAAGGAUCUCUGGUUGCCAAGGUGAUAGCUUUAGACACCGACUCGGUGCACAACUCUCGGAUUACUUACCAGUUUCUACAAGUGACUGACGCCACGUUGUUCAGUCUGGAUCAAUACAACGGGGAGAUCCGGACUAUGAGGAUGUUCAGUUACAGAGACCCGCGUCACCAGCGCCUGAUAGUUGUUGCCAAGGACAACGGGGAGCCCGCCCUCUCUGCUACAGUCACCAUCAAGCUGUCCACAUUGGAGACUGCCGUUAAUAAGGCCUACUCUGACAUGACUGAGGUGCCUCUAGAAUACGACAUCUUCUCAGACCUGAACCUGUACUUGGUCAUCGGUCUGGGCUCGGUGUCGUUUCUCCUGCUGAUCACCAUACUGGUCACCAUCGUGCUCAAGUGUCAGACACCCAAACCCAGCAGUGCGGCUCCUCCGUGCAGGAACAGUGUGCUCAGUGAGAGGAACUCCACCAUCGCAGACUCCACUCUGGUCUCCAACGAUGCGUACUGGUACAGUAUGUUUCUAGCAGAGACCAGGAAAGGAAAGAUGGUGGUUAGACAGCCUGUGCCAAAGGGCUCCAGAUACAUCGUGUCCAGUUUACCAAGAGGCACAGGACUGACAGACACUAGUGACUCAGCAGCCUCCACCCUGCAGGUAUAUAUGGCAGCUCCCCUUACCGCAUUUUAUAUAAACCUUAAUUUCUUUUUUAUUCAGAGUAAAAAACACCUAGCAAACUUUUAUUGCAGUUCACACUAAUAUUUCAAUAAGUUACAUUUUCUAGCUGAAGUUUCAAUCAAUCUAUAAUUUAAUUCAACAAUAUUUUAAUGUACUAUAUAACAAAGAUUCCAAAAACAACAACCAAAUCACUUUAUCAGUGUAAAAUCAAUGCACAGUAGAAUCAGCUAAAUUGGAAACAAAAAUUAACUUUUAUAUUGCAGAUUUAAUUAGAUUGCAGAAAUCCUCAUUUUGACAAAAAAAUAUGAAAUGCAAAAAUGAUACAAAGAAAAGAAUAUAUUUCCGCCGUUUGCAUCUAAACUGUUGUGGUUAUUUUAGAGAGCAGCACCUUUUUUUUCUCCUUCAAAACCGUUUCAGUCAAACCAUCAGGUUGUUUCCUGUUUAUUAGUGGGACCGUUGUGUCUUGAUUGUUUUUGUCUCUUCAAAUGAAAACUCAAUCAGGUACGUAUCUGAAAUGAAAAUGCUGAACACACUGCUUCAACUUCUGUCUUCUCCCCUGGACCAAUGCCAUUUUAUUAUUUCAUGUAUAUAUGUAAACACAUUUAUCAUCACACCAUCUAUCAAUCUAAGAUGGUAAGUAUGCUGCUGUAAGAACAAACAACAUUUCAGCUCAAUAUAAAAUUGUUUAAACCCACGUUCAUAGAAUGGAUUGUAACAAGCUGCAACAUCUGUUAAGGGUCACAUCAACCAUGCUUAUUAGUCUGUGGUAUUUCUAAAUGAACAUUUUAAUUGAUGGUGCCUCGACACUCUCAAUCAUAGGAUACAUACACAAAUAACCCUUCCAUGUCUUGCAAUAACCUGAUCAUUAAAUUGCUUGUUUUUUUUCUCCCCGCUCUUAAGUACCCUAAAUGAGGAAUGUCCGCACUGCAGUUGGAGGUAUGCAGGAGUCUCUCUCCCCCACCCUGGAUGCCCUUUUAUGAAUGAUUUUACACCACUUAGUGAUUUUUUUUUUGUGCGCAGUGGAUCCUUUGCUAAAGUAUUUCGUCUUGUGUAGUAUCUUUUGGAGAGAAUUUGUUUUAAUGCAAAUGUUGAGUCAGUAUAACUAAUAUGAGGCUGUGUAAACUCCUCAUCACUCAAGUCCUCUAAAAUCUGUGUAUGCAAUUCAACUAUCGGUGGAGUAAAUACUACUUUUUUGUUUUCGUGACUAUGAUCCUACUCAAAACCUAAAAAUCUAAAGCUAAUGAUUGUAUUGACCACAGGAGGAAAAAAACAUUAGGUCAUACAAAUCACAAUGAUAACAUGACGAGUCUGACAAAAUAAUAUGAACAUACUGCACAGCCUUAAGGUCAGUGAUCAGUUAUGAAAUGUUUCCAAUUCAAGGCGUUACCUUUUUCCCAAUCUGACUUUUACUGUUAAUGCUCAGUUCACACACACCAAGAGAAAAUAUUGAUAUGUUGUUCAUUAAAUCACAGUUUUUAAGAAGGUCCUGUGCAUGAUUAAAAAGUGUUCAUCCAAUACUAACCUAGUCCAUCAUGUCCAGACUGUGUUGUUGAUGUAUCACUGGGUUAGUUACUGUAAAUGGAUUGAAUGUAAAUUACUUCAGAGAAUGACAAUUUACUGUCUGCUGUAGUGCAAAUUGUGACCUAAUUCUUUGUGCAGGAGAGACGGAAUCCAGUCACCCUGUUACCUAGCAACCGCUCUCCUUCACAUAACAUUGGAGCAUGGUAUUCAUAGACCUGCCACCUCACCACUACAUGAUCAAGGAUCUGCCCAAUCCCUCCACCCCCUCUGUCCUCUGCCUGAAGCCCCUGUCUGUGUGACAGGCUUUGGCUGCAUGAGAUGUGUAAUUUUGUCCAGUCAUAUGGCUGUCAGUGCUGUGGUUUUUUUCCAAUAUUUAUCUAAUUGUUUUGUCUCAUUGGCAGGCAUCCAGCAGCAGCAGCAGUUCCACAUAAGACCCGAUCUGAAGCUGUGUCCUCGUUUGAAUCUGAUAGGAAAGCUUCCCGGAUGACAGAAGAGACCCCUUCUCAUGAAUGGCCCCACAUCCACCCCACUCAGUCUGACCCUUGCUUCUCACAAUGUGCAGUUGUAAUGCCAUAACACCAAAUGGACUACGGUGGCUAAUUAAGGACGGAGCCCUCUCCCUUAUCUUUCUUUAAGCACAUGAAAAGCCAAUCAACAAUCUAUUUUCACCGUUUAAUAUGCACGAUAAGACUGCAUGACUUCAGCGUCACUCCAAGACCAUCGUACAUUGAAAAAGAAAUCUAGAGGAGAUACUUGAAAGGUUUUGAAUUUGCAAAUUGAAGAAGCCUCAACAAGGACUACCAGACUGGACACAGACAUGUUGAAAUGCCUUUAAGAGAUCGAUUUCCUCUUUAUACAUGAAAGACAUUUUGAUUACAUUAUUAACCUCUGUGCUUUAGCUUGGCCCAUAACAGCAUCAAUCUAUAAUAAACAAGUUAAAUAAGUGAAACAGCACAAAAAAAGAGAGCACCGACAUCUACUUCUGUGUGAAACAAAAGGAAAUCUGUAUUUUAUAGAUGUUGUAGCUUUUAGUAGUUUUGUGUUUUGUACUUGACGUUGUGCUUUAUAUGUAAGCUAGGGCUAAACAUGAACGUGAUUCAAACAGACUAAAUUGAGGCCUUCAGCCAUUAUGUAUCUGCCUUUCACUUGUUUGUGCAUGGGAUAAUCAAGUGCUUUGAUAGCUUAAGAUGUUUCAUGGUAUUGAGCAAUUCAAUUUCUGUAGUUAGGCCUCUCUGUUUAAGUCAUUUUCAAAACAAUGAUGAGAACACAAUGAAGAAGUGCAACAGCAUAUUACUUUUCCGUGGAUCAAAGGUGCAGUGUACUCUCAUCCCAAAUUUGCAUAGUGUGCUUGAAUGUUACGUUCACUUUGACAUGACCAGAGAACAAGACUGGUUGAUCUGAACACAAGUGCAUGCUGUGAGUGGAGAGUGUCGUGAGAAUGGACUGAUGUCUACUCAUGACUGCUGGGAAAUAUAUCACAAACAUGACCACGUACUUUCACCUUCUAUAUUUACAAUGCCAAACUCUGAAUGCUGUUUCAUUUCAAUGUCUUCUAAUAUUGUGUGAAAAGAUCAAAACUCAAAUACCAACUUAGUGUUAACUUUAAUAACGAAUACUGCUUUCAACCAAUGCAAGCUGUGCUCAUCUGUAAUAAUGACUACUGUAUGUAUCUGCAAAUUCAACACAAAGAGGAAUACAAAUAAGGCUAAUGUACAGUAUAGAGUAGCAUGCAUUGGUUUCUAUAAAUAUGCCUUUAUUUGUCAAUAACACAAAAACAUUGGAACUCCUGGGCCGUCAGACGUAUGGGCCACGAGAAUGAUCAGACAUCAUGGAGUCAAACUCUUUAGCACAGCUCACAUUGCAUUACUUAUAUAACGUCUUUUACAGUAAUCUUUUACGGUCAAAUGUAUACAUGAAGUGCUGUUGUACAGUGGUACUUUUAUCGUGCAAUCUAUAGUUCGGUGUAUUAAGUGAGCUUAUUGUAUUCUACGUCUGUAUGAUCUAUUAACUACAAAGACAAAUUAAUACAUUAAACUCAAUGAUUGAACUUG